UGAAACUUUUAUACACUGUUUUAUAAAGUUGCUUAAUUUGUACAAGAUGUUUGCUGCUACAAAGUUUACUCCCACACCACGUAAGCUUAGAAGGGAAAAAACAACAUUAUCUACAGGCUCUGAUUCAGAAAAAGAACCCGUUCAUGUGUAUUGCCGUCUACGUCCUUUGCCAGAAAAUUUAGAAGCAGCUUCAUGUGUAAAACUAAUUUCACCUCAAGAAUUAUGCCUGAUUUGUGAGUCAAAAGGUACUAGAAAAGAAAUGUGCUAUAAAUUUAAACAUAUUUUUACGGCCUAUGCAAGCCAGAAAGAAGUGUUUGAUCACAUAGCAUAUCCAUUAUUGUCUGACUUAUUGCAAGGAAAAAAUGGUUUAUUGUUUACAUAUGGUAUUACUGGGUCUGGAAAAACGUUUACUUUAACCGGUGAACAAAAUAAUCCCGGUAUAAUGCCAAGAUGUAUAGACACUAUUUUUAAUUCCAUCGGAGACUUUCAAGCUCCAAAAUUUAUCAUAAAAUCAGAUAAAAUGAAUGGAUUUGAAGUGCAAACUGAAGAUGAUGCUAUGCAGGAUAGAAUGGUUGAAAUUCGAUCAAAGACAAGAACUCCUAAGUCUAAUAGGAAAAUUAAUGCAGAAAAAAGCAGUUAUUGUAAUGAUGGCAUACAAAUUCCUUUAUUGAAUGCAACUAAUUUAUUUGCGGUAUUUGUAAGCUACAUAGAGAUAUAUAACAAUAACGUCUAUGACCUCCUAGAUGAGCCAAAUGGGAAAACUUUCCAGAAUAAAAUUUUGCGUGAAGACUUUCAAAAAAAUAUGUAUGUCAAUGGAGUUGUAGAAGUAGAAGUAAAAAGUGCCCAAGAAGCAUUUGAACUAUUUAAUGCCGGUCAAAAGAGGAAAAAAAUGGGAUGGACUAUUUUAAAUGCGGAAUCUAGUCGCAGUCAUUCGAUAUUUAAUAUACGUGUUGUUCAGUUAGAACAAGUAUCCUGGAAUGAUAACGGGAAGCCAAUAAUUCCAGAAAAGAACCUGCUUACUGUGGGUCAACUAAGUUUAGUUGAUUUAGCUGGAUCAGAGAGAACAAAUCGUACGCAGAAUACUGGCACAAGACUAAAAGAAGCUAGUAGUAUUAAUAAUUCUUUAAUGACUUUGCGUACUUGCAUGGAAAUUCUUAGAGAAAAUCAGCAUACUAAGGGUAACAAAAUGGUCCCAUAUCGCGAUAGCCGACUGACAUACUUGUUUAAGAAUUAUUUUGAAGGCGAUGGCCGUAUACAAAUGAUCGUUUGCAUCAAUCCAUCUGUUGAUGAUUUUGAGGAAAACCUUCACGUCAUGAAAUUUGCAGAGAUGUCUCAAGAUGUUAAAAUAAUAAAGUCCAGUUCGAAAUCUGCUGUAAGGAAAAUUAUUACAAAAAACUACACACCAGCCAAGGGUAAAACUGCCGGAUUUACAAUUUUACCCGAUAUUCCUAUAUGCAAAUUUGAUUCUGAAAAUAUGGAGGAAAUAGGAACAUACAUUGACAAAGUGAUACAAAUUUUAAAGCAGAGAAAAGCUAAGUCGAAACCUCUUGAUAAGGAGAUUAAGGAAUCUAGUGAUGAUUUCAGAAAACGUCUAGUAGAUCUCAAUCAAGAAAAUGUUAUGAGUAAAACUGAAAUUCGCAGUUUUAAACAGGUAAUAAACAAACAAAGACAGAAGACAAAUAACUUAGAAACAAAAAUUCGAGACUUGGAAACAACCAACGGUGAUUUAAUAUCUAAACAAGAAGAGUUGCAAGAUGUAAUACGUUCUCUUCAUAACAUUAUUAACGAAAAAGAUUUGAAACUGAACCAAAAUGUAUUAGAAAAAGAGAAAACUAAACAAAAAAUAGCCCUUGUAAGUGAAAAGAUGAGUCAAGAACUAGACGCUAACUUACGAAAACAGCGAGAUCAUCUACACGCUGUCAACCGAGCUAAGGAAGUUCAACUGCAGAAGGUUAGAGAAAUUCUUAAUAGUGAAACCAUAGUUGAACCUGUUGGGACUCCAACAAGAAUUGAAAAUACAGCCACUCAGACUCCAAAGUCCCAGGUAGCCGAUAAUCAUCACCGCAGAAAUAUUAUUUCGUCUACACCAAGACAUCGAAGAUCUAGGUCCGCUGAUGAGGUCUGGUUGGAACAUAAUUCAGUCAAACCAGUCGCAUUAGGUACAGUGCUGCAACCAACAAUGAAAAGGCGCAAGUCUGUAUCAAAAUUAACAAAAGCCAGUGAUAUUACAAAUCCUAAACAGAGCAAAUACUGUUUGUUGGCUCAGGAACAAGACACCGAUGGAGAAGUCGAGACCAAAUUGUACAAAGCUGACAUAGUUCCCACUUGUGGGGGCGGGGCACAAGUGAUUUUUAAUGAUGUGGAACGAUUACGGCAGGAAUCACCUACAAGUUAAUUUUAAUAUAUGGUCUGGGUUCAAGCAUUACUUGUGCAGACUGCUAAUUAAGUACAUCGAAAAACUUCAAAGGGUGAUUCCGUGAGUGAUUUAAACCAAAAUUUCUAAUUUCUUAUAGUAUUUCUAACA